AGAUAAAUAGUCCAGUUAGCUAGCAGCUAGCAACAGAUUCUAUCCAGUUUCAUCGUCGGACAUCACCGGUUUGGUGACUGCUGUAAUCGCAAUAAAUACCUUUACAUCUUUUGCGUAAAAAUUCUUCGCUAAAUUCAAUAUGCCUUCCUACAAGCUGAUUUACUUCCCCGUCGCGGCAUUGGGUGAGCCAAUUCGCUUCCUGUUCAGCUAUGCUGGCAUCGAAUUUGUGGAUGAACGUUUCGAUAGAAAAGAUUGGCCAAAACUUAAAGACACUAUGCCAUUCGGCAAAGUUCCCGUACUCGAAGUAGAUGGAAAGAGAAUCGGUCAAUCUGCAGCUAUCUGCCGUUAUUUGGCAAAGCAAUGUGGUCUCGCUGGCAAGAACGAUUGGGAGGCUCUGGAAAUCGAUUCGACCGUCGACACCAUACACGAUUUACGUAACAACAUUGCUGCCUUUCACUACGAGAGCAACGAACAAGCUAAACAAGAGAAAACUAAAGGUGCCAAAGUGACGGUGCCGUAUUGUUUGGAACGUUUGGACGCUCAGGUGAAGAAGAACGGUGGUUACUUCAUCGGCGGUAGUCUGACGUGGGCCGAUCUCGUUUUCGUCGCUCUUUUGGAUUACUUAAACAUGAUGAUGAAAGAAGAUAUUGUCGAAAAGUAUCCAAACCUAAAACAACUUCAAAAGAAAGUCGAGGAAGUACCGGCUAUCAAGAAGUGGAUCCAGAAGCGCCCAUCGACUAACAUGUAACAUCCAAAACCAUUAAAUGUUAUAUGAUAGAUAUUUAAAGAGUGAUUAAAAAACACAUUUUAUAAAUGUUUCAACUAAAAACGUCUUUUCGUACUUUCACAAUUUUUUGUUUUCCGA